AGUUGUGGUAUGAAUGAACAUUAAUCUUUUCGGUGUGAGGAACAUUAAUAAUUUACGUGUGUGUGUGUGUGUGUGAACGAGCGCGCACGGACAUGGAUCUUGUAGGGAGGGGACAAGCGAGCAACUCACAUAACAGCGCAUUGUAUAUAGCUGCAUCCCGCGGAUGCACGUGGGGAAGCUUCUGAUGUUUCAUCUGCAAGAGCGAAUAGGACGUUCUUCUGCGGCGCAAACAAGAAGCUUGGAGAAAAACGAAAGCGCGUGUAAACGCUAAUUAACGCCUUUUUAUUAGCCGGAACUGUUUCUAAGGGGACUCCUUAUGAAUCCAUGCAGUUAGCUAAUCACACCAGAUCACAUACUGAGCACCAUCUGUUCAUUUUCGAGCGACAAGAGUUUGUUCCGCCAGACGCGGACGGUUCAAUCAGUCUAUCCUAGAUUCAGUGGACUGCGCUUCGUCUACGGACUGAUGAUCUUAUGUGGUCUACACAGCCGUGGACUCAUGUUUUGAAACAAUGGGCCAAUGCACUAGGUUGAAUGUGUUGCUGUAACGUCCGUGGAUGAUGGCAGGGGUACACGCUUCCGAGGCUGUGUCGGGACAUUUGCUAAAUCCUACCAUUGCAGCCUCUCCGGCACAGGACGCGACACAAAUAGCGGGGUUGAACAACAAUGACGCCACCGUGGUGCCUCCGACUGGCACCCGGGCAUACCUGGACAUUUCGGCGGCUGCCUUUGCCCACGGGCACCCGGUCUAUGGGGCGGAGGGAGUUUACACCAACGGAAGGUACAUGGACCACGGGAGUACUUGGACUGGCAGCAGCAGCCGUGACAAUUCAGCCGAAAGGAGUCAUGGAGGCGUGAACACACCUUGCGGAAUUAUGAAGGAUGGCUCCAAGCAGAGGCAAGUGAGGCAGAAGAAGACUGUCUCCUUUAGCUCCAUGCCCAACGACCGUAAGAUCAACAGCACAGCCGCCUGCAUGGCCUUCAUGAUGGAGGGCUGCGAGAUGAAGAAGGUGCGCUCCAACUCGCGCAUGUACAACCGCUACUUCCUCCUUGACCCGGAUAUGCACUGGCUCCGCUGGGAGCCCUCCAAGAAGGACUCAGAGAAAGCCAAGUUGGAGAUCAAGAGCAUCAAGGAGGUCCGUCUGGGGAAGAAGACCCCUGUGCUGCGCAGCAAUGGCCUGUCCGACCAGUUCCCAGACGAGUGUGCCUUCUCCAUCAUCUACGGGGACAACUAUGAGUCUCUGGACCUGGUGGCCAGCACGGCUGAUGUGGUCAGCACCUGGGUGAUGGGCCUCCGCUACUUGGUCUCCUACGGGAGGCACACGGUAGAUGUGGUUGAGCCUAGCCAGCCCAGCCUGAGGACCUCCUGGAUCGGAUCAGUGUUUGAGCUGGCUGACAUGGAGAGGAAUGGCCACAUCGACCUGUUCAGGGCCACCCAGAUCAUCAAGGGGCUCAACCCGGGCAUGAAGGAGUCCCGGAUAGAGCUGAAGUUCAAGGAGCUCCAGAAGGCCAAAGACCAGUAUGGGGAGGACAUUGACAUGGAAACCUUUGUGGAGGCCUACUGCGAGCUGUGCACGAGGCCAGAGAUCUUCUUCCUGCUUGUGCAGUUCUCCAGCAACAAGGAGUACCUGGACAGCAAGGACCUGUUGCUGUUUGUGGAGGUGGAGCAGGGCAUGGAGGGCGUGACGGAGGACAUGUGCCGGGACAUCGUCCAGAAGUACGAGCCAUCCGCCGAGGGCCGGCAGAAGGCCAGCCUCUCCAUUGAUGGCUUCACGCACUACCUCCUCUCCUCAGAGUGUCACAUUUUUGACCCCCAGCACAAGCGGGUGUGCCAGGACAUGAGCCAGCCGCUCUCCCACUACUACAUCAACUCUUCGCACAACGCCUCCCUCCUAGAGGACCACUUCUGGGGCUCCUCCGACAUCAGCAGCUACAUCCGGACCCUGAAGAUGGGCUGCCGCAGCCUGGAGGUCAUUGUGUGGGACGGCCCGGACAACGAACCUGUGGUCUACGUGGGGAACUCGGUGGCAUCUCAGCUAGCCCUCUGCAAGGUCUUGGAUAUUAUAAACCAGUAUGCAUUUGAGAGCUCUGAGUACCCCCUCAUCGUCUGCCUGGUGACACACUGCUGCAUCCCCCAGCAGAGGGUCAUGGCCCAGCACAUGAAGAAGAUCCUUGGAGACAAGCUGUACUUGGAUGCCCCCAGCUCAGAGGACCACUACCUACCCUCCCCAGAGGAACUCAAGGGUAAGAUCCUGCUGAAGGGCAAGCGGCUGCCCCCAAACUACCCCGAGUCAGAGGGGGAGGUGACUGAUGAGGAGGAGGGUCUGGAGAUGUCCAGGAGGGUGGGGGCAGACGAUAAGGACCAUCUCAAUGGCCUUAGCUGCAAACGGCUGAGGCUGUGUAAGGAACUGUCAGACCUGGUCUCCCUCUGUAAGUCAGUGCAGUUCAGGGACUUUGACAUCUCCAAGAGGGAUCAGAAAUACUGGGAGAUGUGCUCUUUCAAUGAGGUUGACGCCAACAGGUUCGCCAACGAGUUCCCCGAGGACUUUGUGUGCUACAACAAGCGCUUCCUCUCCAGGGUGUACCCCACUCCGAUGCGGAUCGACGCCAGUAACAUGAACCCCCAGGACUUCUGGAAGUGUGGUUGCCAGAUUGUAGCCAUGAACUACCAGACCCCGGGCCUGAUGAUGGACCUCAACCUGGGAUGGUUCAGGCAGAAUGGGAACUGUGGCUACGUGUUGCGGCCGGCCAUCAUGAGGGAGGAGGUGUCAUACUUCAGUGCCAACGCCAGGGAAUCCCUGCCAGGGGUGUCUGCCCAGCUUCUCCACAUCAAGGUGAUCAGCGGGCAGAAUCUGCCCAAGCCCAGGGGCUCCGCUGCAAAGGGAGACGUGGUGGAACCCUACAUCUAUGCAGAGAUCCACGGCAUCCCGGCCGACUGUGCUGAGCAGAGGACCAAGACGGUCUCUCAAAACGGAGACAACCCCGUCUUUGACGAGAGCUUUGAGUUCCAGAUCAACCUGCCGGAGCUGGCGGCACUACGCUUCGUAGUGCUGGACGACGACUACAUCGGAGACGAGUUCAUCGGCCAGUACACAAUCCCCUUUGAAUGUCUGCAGCCGGGCUACAGGCACGUCCCCUUGCAGUCGCUGACAGGGGAGUUCCUACCCAAUUGCACCCUGUUCGUACAUGUGGCCAUCACCAACAGAAGGGGAGGGGGCAAGGCCCACAAGAGAGGCCUGUCGGUGAGGAAGGGCAAGAAGGCUCGUGAGUACACCUCCAGCAAGACCACCGGUAUCAAGGUGGUAGACGAGCUCUUCAGAGCAUCCACCCAGCCUCUGAGGGAAGCCACAGACCUCCGUGAGAACGUCCAGAAUGCCAUGGUGUCGUUCAAGGAGCUGUGUGGUCUGACGCCGGCGGCCAACAUGAAGCAGUGUAUCCUGACCGUGUCCACGUGGCUGAUGAACAGCGAGCGAGCGCUCAGGGUCACCGUGGACCUGAGUCAAGCCUACCCCACCAUGGAGGCCCAAGGGCCCGUCCCCGAGCUGCUCCGCAAGGUCCUCAACGCCUACAACAUGAUGAUUCAGACGAGCCGGACGCUGAUUGAGUCAGCUGAUGUGGUCUACUCCAAGCUUACACAAGCACAGCGGGCAGGACUGGACUUCCAUGUGGACCUUCACAGGAUCGGGGCGAAGGAGGGCCUGAAGGGCCGGAAGCUACAGAAAGCCAUGGAGAGCUACGCCUGGAACAUCACCGUCCUCAAGGGUCAGGCGGACCUCCUGAAGCACGCUAAGAGUGAGGCUUUGGACACUCUGCGUCAGAUCCACUGUGCCACCCAGUCCUGUGGCCUGAGCAAGAACGGAGCUACCUCCCCUCAGCUCCAACACCCUCCACUGCAAGCGCAGGCCCAGUACCAGGCCCAGCCCCACCAUUCACCCCAAUCUCACCAUCUCCAACCUCAGGCCCAGACCCAACCCCAGGCCCAGCCUCUGUCCCAACACCUGGCUGAACCCCAGCCCGAGGCCCAAUCACAGCUCCAGGCCCAGCUCCAUACUCAACACCAUCCCCUGACUCAGCGUCUGCUCCUGCCUCCCCUCCCACCACAGCCCCCACAGUACAGGGCAGCAGGCUCUCACGAUGCCAUCUCUGAGAACGAGACGGCCAGCGAUGGCUCCUGCUGACCCGUUGCCUGUACCCGCAGUGGAGUCCACCCAAAGAGAGACAGGGAGAGGAGAAUAGAAAGAGAGAGGGGGCUUGAGAAGCAGAGAGGAGAAGAGCAAAGAACAUGGAUGGUUCCUUUAACACCCCCGAAGAUGGACAGGCAGAGUGAGAUAGAAAGGAAAAAAGAGGAGAGGGAGAAGGAGAGAAUGAAGGAGAUGGAGAAGGAGAGAAUGAAGGAGAUGGAGAAGGAAAAAGAGCAGGAAAGGGCGAGGGAGAGAGAUGGUGAGAAGGAAAGAGCAGAAGAGAAACAGCAAAUAGAGCAAGGGACGGGGAAGAAAACUCGCCGUAAAAGACAAGAGACACAAGUUUGAAAAUGUAUUGUUUUAGAGACAAAGAAGAAAUGUCUCUGUCAGCUCUCUCUCCUGUCCUAUUUAUCUCUCUUGGAUUCGAAAGAGCGAAUAACACCCAUAUUAGCGAAUUCAGUCAGUCUCUCAGUCAGUCAAUCGUUGAGUCAGUCAGUCUGUCAGGAGAGUCUCGCAGUCUUUCUCUGGGCAGUGCCAGCACUGCGGGUACAGGCACCUAUGGCAUUUCAUACCGCACAAGUUCGCCUUUGGAUUCCCCUAGGAUAACCAUAGCAUGUCCUGGACCCUUUCCUUCUCUCCUCCUAUAUCAUCUCCCUUAUGUUUACUCCAUAUACCUGUAGAUCUGCCCUUCCAUGUAUCAUCCUGAGCUUCAACCCUUUUGCCCUUCUCUCUGAGGAGGAGGCUGCCGUUUUAAAUGCACAACGUAGAGCAGCUCACACGGACUCUGAGCUCUGUAGGGAUCAUAGCUAGAGGACCAUUACUGCACAAACAAACCUGGGAGCUGUCUGUGAGAGAGACGGUAAAGGACUGCUGUCCUAUCUGUCAGUCUCUACCUACCUGGCCUUUGCAAUGAUGCGCUGGCUCCCCCUGCUGGAGACUCCAACCUCCGCAGGACCCCAAACACUUGCACAGUGCCCCUUAAUUAAGAUUUGUAUUUUUGUUAAUUGUCAAUCACAACAUGCCUGGAUGCUUAGUAGGGGGUCUCCCCAGCGCCUCUCCAGGGGCUGUGUGCGUAACGUCCCGUAUGUUACUGUCGUCGUCCCAUGGAUGGAGGGAGCCUGGCCGUGCUCUGCCCACGCUCCAGCUCUCAAAAGGUAGCUACUAGCUAGAGCUCACCAGCCUGUUUUAACUGGAACAGUCUGUCGACCCCGUCUGCGCUGAAGAGACUUAAGGACUCUAUAGGUCAAAGAUCACAAGAGAAACAUGGACCUGGGGCAGAUUCCUGCUGUCAAUCAAACACACACCUAACCUAAAAGAGAAACUAUGAAUCUAUAUAGAUGUAUACUGUAUGUAUGUACAAGUAAUGAAGAGACCCUUUACAUUUAUCUCAGAUAAUUCUCCCGAAAACAAAAGAUCCCAUUGAUAUGAUUGUUAUAAUUGAUGUUAGUUAUAUUCAUAUUACAAUUAUUUUAUAUACAGUACAUUGCUUCUACAUAUACAGUGACUUCAUACCUGUUGUUCUGUGCUGCAGAUCAAGACAGGUGGUGUGGAAUGUUGGGUGUAGGGGUUAGAGGUCAGGGUGGGUUUGGGUUGGGGGUCAUCAUUCCAAAAAUUGGGUCAAACAAUAACCUGACUUGUGUUUCACUGCAAAGUGAUGUGGUUCUGUGAGCUCCUUAAAAUGGCCCAUUAAAACUGGCUUCAUUGUU